AUAACGAAAAUUUUAAAAACUCUAAACCCGAAAAGAAACUAAACUAUUAGAGGAUACAACAAAAAGAUCUGUGCGGCGAGAUUUGGGAAAACUUUCCCUUCAAAGACCCAAAUCAGCAUUUUAGAUGAUGAUAGAAGACGGAAGAGUUGUCUGUCUACGUACAUAACACUGAUUGUUGCAAUAUGUAUGCAUUAUAUGGGUUUAUACUUUGCUCGUGGACUCAUUUCACUGUUGUUAAAUGCCACUGAUAAGCACUCUUUGUGAUUGGCAUUUUAAUGGGAAUACAUAAAUUGGUUGUAAACCUACAUACAUGCAUACAUAUGUACAUAUAGAGUUGAAGAUUUGCAGUAUAAUGAUUGCGCAAAGGUUAAACGUGUUCCAAGACAAGACGAGAUAUGGCCGGGUCGACCGACUCAAUCCACUCUACCUACAUUUGGAUUUUGUGUGAUGGAGAGACGACCUUUGAAAAAUUCGUACUUAAUACUUAUGUCUGCAAUGCAGAAGAACAAACAGGUCCAUCCUAAUGAUAAUACCUAUAACCAUUGCCCAUAACUUGUACUCACACACACACACUCACACACUACUACUACUACCUACUUACCGAACGUUCGCUCGUGUGUGUGUAAUUUACAAGCUAAUGGGAAUUUGAUCAAGAGAACACCAACCAAACAUAAAAUAUAAUCGGCCUGCACAUUUGGCUUGGCAUUCCCCGUUGAGUGCUCAACGACGUCGGUUCAAUUUGACAGUAAAAGUCAAUUAGUUCUUUUUCGGUUUUUUGUUUUUGUUUGGUUUUGUUUCUGUUUUGGUUAUUUCAUCAUGGAUGCAGCAAACGAUGAUGGCUCCGCCGCUAUAGUAAAAAGACUCCGAGAUGGUUUAGUUAACGAUUGGAAUAUCCUGGAGAAUGUCUUUCGUUUAAUGCAAAGGGAGGAAACCUUUUGGGCACAACCCCAGCAAUGGGAUGAAGGCAAAAUUGUUGAAUUCUUCCAGCCGGAAAAGUUAAAGCAAUUAAUUAAUCUCACUGUAACAGAGGAGGCACAAGCACAUUCACUUGACGAGAUCGAGCAAUUGUGCCAGUUGGUGAUCAAGUAUUCAGUAAAAACUUCGCAUGGACGAUUUCACAAUCAACUGUUUGGUCAGCUCGACCCCUUUGGCUUGGCUGGAGCAUUGAUCACCGAGGCCCUGAAUGCUGGCGCCUAUACCUUCGAGGUGGCGCCAGUGUGCAGUCUAAUUGAAACGGAAAUCAUUUCGAGUGUACGAAAACUGGCCGGUUAUGAAACUGGUGAUGGAAUUUUUGCUCCUGGUGGCUCGACAUCCAAUAUGUAUGGCAUAGUCUUGGCACGCUACAAAUUUGCUCCCGAGGUGAAAACUUCUGGGAUGUUUGGCAUGCGUCCCCUGGUGAUGUUCACAUCGGAUGAGUCACACUAUAGUUUUAAGAAAGCAGCCCAUUGGCUUGGCCUGGGCAGUGAAAAUUGUGUGGCCGUUAGGACCAAUGCUCGGGGUCAAAUGCGGUUAGACGAUCUGGAGACAAAGAUCGCAGAGGCCAAAGCUCGUGGCGGUCAACCGUUUUUCAUUAAUGCCACAGCCGGAACCACUGUAUUGGGAGCAUUUGAUGAUAUCAACGGCAUUGCAGAUGUCGCCGAGCGUCAUAAUCUCUGGUUACAUGUGGAUGCAUGUCUGGGCGGAGCUGUACUUAUGGCUCACAAGCAUCGAUCCUUGAUUGCCGGCCUGGAGCGUUCUAAUUCGUUUGCCUGGAAUCCUCAUAAGACCUGCGGCGUUCCGCUGCAGUGUUCACUCUUCCUCACAAGGGAAUCCGAUAAAUUGCUUGAUCGUUGUAAUAGCGUUGAGGCCAGCUAUCUUUUCCAGCAGGAUAAAUUCUAUGACGUUUCCUAUGAUACGGGUAAUAAGAGUGUCCAAUGCGGACGUAAAAUCGAUGCUCUUAAGUUUUGGCUCAUGCUAAAGGCUCGCGGUUAUGGACAGUAUGGUCAUUUGGUCGAUCAUGCUAUUAACGUGGCCCGCUUGCUAGAGGAUAAGAUCCGUUCACGCGCGGAUCGCUUUAGACUUGUGCUGGAUACACAUGAAUAUGCCAAUGUGUGUUUCUGGUAUAUACCAAAAGCAUUAAGAGUUGCCCCUGAGCAGGAGACAGAGGAAUGGAGGCAGCGUUUGUACACGGUUGCGCCUAAAAUCAAAGAGCAAAUGGCAUAUAGUGGAACUCUAAUGAUCGGAUAUUCACCUCUAAAGAGUCAGAAUUUGGGUAAUUUCUUUCGCAUGGUCUUCACUUGCUUUCCAAUACUUAAGGAUGACGAGUUGGACUUUAUAUUGGACGAGAUUGAACGUCUUGGCGAGAAUAUAGUUAUUUAAUUUUAUUGUUAAUAAAAAUCUAAAAUGCAUUUAUG